GUCCCACACCUCACACAUUCAGCAUGAUGACAUCGACUACUUCAGUAAACGUCACAGAAUGGAAACCCAAAGUCCACAGGGCCGCAGUCUCGAGAUUUAGUUCGGGUAGCGAUAUGACUGUGGCAAACUCACGCGAACUCACUUGUGCGCUUCCGUUAGCUUCGUUACGGUACCGCUCGUGUUGAUAUUGUGCAAUAAUCAAGCGGGCGAUUUGAUGGAAUCUGAUAAUACGAUCGGGCUCAACGUUUGUUGUAUUUAUUGCUUAAAUAAAAGUUUCUAUUUUAAGUCAUGACGGAAAUAUUUUCAACUCUCUUCGGACAAACUGAUGCUCAGGCACCCCAAGGCUCUACCGCUCUAGGUUUUGGGCCGGGAAAACCACCUCCACCGCUCCCGCAAACUCAAUCAUCAGUGCCGGCACAAAUCCCACCACAACACGGUGACGAAGGCCCUCCCGUUCGGAAGCCGGGAGUCAUGAACGAACCCUUCUAUUUAUUGCGAGAGUUGCCUGUUGGAAACGAUUUAACUGGAAACACGAACCUUAUAACACACUACAACCUCGAGCACGCAUACAACAAGUUCUGUGGCAAGAAAGUGAAGGAAAAACUUAGCAACUUCCUGCCAGAGUUACCAGGAAUGAUAGAUUGUCCAGGCGUUCAGGACGGCAGUUCCUUGCGUUCUCUAAUAGAGAAGCCUCCAGUCUGCGGAAACUCAUUCAGCCCACUCACCGGGGCUCUACUGACGGGCUUCAGACUACACACUGGACCGCUUCCAGAGCAGUACAGACUCAUGCACAUUCAACCUCCAAAGAAAAAGAGCAAACACAAACACAGACAUCAUCGACCUCAGGACCCCAUGCCACCAGCAGAGACACCGUCAGACUCUGACCCUAAGAAGAAGAAGAAAAAGAGGGAUGAUGACCCUGAGCGUAAAAAGAAAAAGAAAGACAAGAAGAAGAAAAAGAAUCGACACAGUCCUGAUCAUCCUGGUAUUACUGGAACUCAACCCAACAGCAACAGUCUGAGAUAGAGUGAGAAUAUGGUGUGUGGGUGUGUGUGUAUGUAUGUAUGGGUAUGUGAAUAACUGUGACAAAAAGAUGAUGCGUGCUAAUGUCAUGGUGUGUGUAUUUUGUGUGAUGUUGAGACUGAUUGAUUGUUACACAUGGAUCCUCUUUCUUGUUGUUUUUGCCUUAUUGUUUAGUAGGAAUAAAAAAAAUUUGUUAUUCUA